AUGUCUUCACCGCAGACCUCGCCCGUGCACGAUUCCCACCAGUCUACGGUGCCAGACUCGGCUUCGCAGACCCAGAGGCAGCCAGUGCCUUCGUCGCCUCUUUUUAUCGCACCUUCCAGCGACGAUUCCGCUCGGCCUUCCCAAACCCAAGGUUCCAGACAAAGGUACGGUUCCUCUCCGAUCCCGUUCACCUCGUCCGAACUAGGCCAUGAUCUCAACUCCCAGCUUGCCCGCCGCAGCCACCACAGCAGGGGAGACGUCCACUCCUCUGACAUCAUGUCGUCUCCUAUGAGAAGACGGUUCUUCGAUAACUCCAAUCCGCAAGGCACUCUGAUGUCCGAUUCGCAGCUUCCCUCUGAGUCUCAGCUUUCUUCCGUUCAACAGCUUUCUGACUCUGGCUCUAUCAACCCAGACGAGCCCGUCAGAGUCAUCUGGGGUACCAACGUUUCGAUCCAGGAGUGCUCGGACAAUUUCAGAACGUUUUUAAUGUCGUUCAAAAUGAAAUAUCGCAGAAAACUGGAUGAGGCAGAUAGCGAUGACCCGGCAGACGACUCUUUGUACUACGUCAAGAUCCUCAACGACAUGAGGGAGUCUGGCACCACCAACCUGAACCUCGACACCAGAAACCUGCUGGCGUACUCCACCACCAAGAAGCUCUACUACCAGCUCAUCAACUAUCCGCAGGAAGUCAUUCCGAUCAUGGACCAGACCAUCAAGGACUGUAUGGUGUCUCUUGUUCUUGACAAUUCGUCCAACACGGACCCGCAGGACCAGCUGGUCGACGAGAUAGAGUCGAACGUGUACAAAGUGCGUCCGUUCAACAUCCAGAACCAGAAAGGUAUGCGGGAGCUCAACCCUGUCGAUAUCGACAAGCUUGUGACCGUGAAGGGACUUGUGAUCCGGUCUACACCCAUCAUUCCCGACAUGAAAAUUGCGUUUUUCAAGUGCAACGUCUGCGACCACACCGUGGUUGUGGAAAACGACCGCGGAGUGAUCCAGGAGCCCACCAAGUGUCCGCGGCAGAUCUGCUCGUCGCAGAACUCAAUGCAAUUGGUGCACAAUCGGUCUUCUUUCGCGGAUAAACAGGCCAUCAAGCUCCAGGAGACUCCGGACAAUGUUCCGGACGGACAGACGCCUCACUCGAUUUCCCUGUGUGUUUACGACGAGCUUGUUGACGCCACAAGAGCGGGAGACCGUGUGGAGGUGUGCGGUAUCUUCAAAUCCGUGCCUGUGAAGGUGAACGCGAGACAGCGCGCGGUCAAGUCGCUUUUCAAAACUUAUAUUGACGUCGUGCACAUCAAGAAGGUCGACAAGCACCGUUUGGGAGCCGACGUGUCGACACUGGAAAAUGAGCUGAAAGAGCAGCAGGAGGUAGACGAGGUGCGCAAGCUGUCAGAGGACGAGAUCGCCAGAAUCAAGGAAAUUGCAAAGAGAGACGAUGUUUACGAGUUGCUGGCCAGGUCGCUGGCACCGUCAAUCUUUGAGAUGUCUGACGUUAAGAAGGGAAUUCUGCUGCAGCUAUUUGGCGGCACAAAUAAAAAGUUCGCCAAAGGCGGCAGGUACAGAGGCGACAUCAACAUCCUGCUCUGUGGAGACCCGUCAACGUCGAAAUCGCAGAUUUUACAGUAUGUACACAAGAUUGCUCCACGAGGAAUCUACACGUCUGGAAAGGGCUCAUCUGCGGUUGGUCUGACGGCGUAUGUGACCAGAGACAUCGAGACCAAGCAACUUGUUCUGGAGAGCGGAGCGCUGGUUCUUUCAGACGGCGGAGUGUGCUGCAUCGACGAGUUCGACAAGAUGUCGGAGUCCACGCGGUCUGUGUUGCACGAGGUGAUGGAGCAGCAGACUAUUUCGAUUGCCAAGGCCGGAAUUAUCACGACGCUCAACGCCAGAACCUCCAUUCUGGCCUCGGCCAACCCGAUCGAAUCCAGAUAUAACCCGAACCUGCCCGUGACGAAAAACAUCGAUCUGCCACCACCGCUCCUAUCACGUUUUGACCUCGUGUACCUAAUUUUGGACAAGGUGGACGAGAAAAUCGACACACAGCUAGCCCGGCACAUCGCUGGCAUGUUUCUGGAGGACAACAUCCAGACUGCCACCAGCAACGAAAUAUUGCCGAUCGAGCUGUUGAGCUCCUACAUUCAGUACGCCAAGGAAAACGUGUCGCCUGUUUUAACUGAGGAGGCCAAGAACCAGCUGGUGAAAUCUUACGUCGAGAUGAGAAAGCUGGGCGAGGACGUGAGAUCUGCUGAGAAGCGGAUCACAGCCACCACAAGACAGCUGGAGUCGAUGAUUAGGCUGUCUGAGGCGCACGCCAAAAUGCGGCUGUCGCCCGUCGUGGAGCUCGAGGACGUCGACGAGGCCGUCAGACUCACCAAGUCUGCGAUCAAGGACUAUGCUACCGAUCCGCUUACGGGCCGCAUUGACAUGGACCUAGUCAACACGGGACAGACGUCGGCCGAGCGCAAGAUGAAGGAGGACCUUUCCAAGCAGGUGUUCAAUCUGCUGGACGCAAACGGCUCGCUCGCGUACGAUGUGCUGUUGCACAGGAUCAACGAGCAAUCCUCGGCCAAAGUCGAGAAUCUCGAUCUGAGCGAGGUUCUACGCCGCCUGGAGGCGGAAAACAAGGUGACGGUGUUUGGCCAGGGCCACAAGAGAGAAAUCAGAGUGAACAGAGGAGUGGUGUAGACAAAUAAAGCUAUUGAUUAAUAUUCAUUUAUCCUGGUUGCGUUUUCUCGCCACCUCCACGAUCUUGGCCCAGUCAACGCGAUAGAUCACAAACAGCUCCACCAGGCCAAUCAGCAACAGCCCUGUGCCGUUGCCAAUCCACAGACCGACCAGUUCCAUGUCGCGUUGGAAUGCCAGCACAAACGCGAGCGGAACUGCCACCACGUAGUAGCCAAGCAGGCUGAGCACUCCACCGAUCGCCUGGAGUGCCAAUGCCCUCAGCAGUCCAUUGGCGACGCACGCGAGGCCGUCGAACAGCACAAACACGGACACCAGCGGACAUAGACCCGUAAUCAUCUUGAUAACCUGCGGGUCCUCAGUAAAUAGACGUGCAAUAAAUUUUUGUCCAAACAGAAUAAAACAGGAACUCAGCGAGGCACAAGCAACCGACGCACACAGCCCCACGCGAGUGGCUAUUCUGGCCGCAUCAAUAUUGCCUGCGCCGACGAAAUUGGCCAGCCUGGUUGACGAAGCCACCGACAACGCAAAGGGAACCAUGUACAGCAGCGAAACCAGGCUGGAAAGAGCCGAUUGCGUGGCCAGCGCAUCUGUCCCGAAGUACGAGGCCAGCAGCGUGAGAACCUCGUACGCCAGAGACUCGGCAAGAAGCGUGAUUGUGCCCGGAACAGCCAGCAGGGACAGAUCAUACCAAUGCGACAAGGCGUCCUUGGAAAACCCGUCCCAGCACUCCUCUCCGUCGAUGAACAUCACAUAGAGCACGAGGAGAAUGAACAUGAGCCAGAAGUUGAUAACGGCCGCGAUCGGGGCGCCAAUGUAGCCAAAGCCAAGGUAGUAAAUCAGCAGCCAGUUGACCAGAAUGUUGAUGGGCGACGUGAUGAAUAGGAUCAGAGUUCCGGCCUCGAAGAUCUCCUGGGCCUGUAGAAACCGUUUCCCGUUCUCAAAAAGGAUGUACGCAGGACCCCCCAAAAUCAGAAUUCGCAGAAACUGCUGCGAAAGCU